AGCAAAAUGACCGUACCGCUGAGCUGAGCAUGAGAGCUUUUACUGAUGUUUGAAAUGAUUGUUCCUUUCCAGUCUGCCAAUUAUUUCUAGUUCAUGAGGAGACUUCGUAUGUAGCGGAGCAUGCCCUGGUGAAGCGAGAAGUUGGUUACUGGAACGCCAAGAUGUUUACUCCUCAAAGUGCGCCACGCCACCGCUCGGUGGCUCGCGCUGGAUUCGCUUCGUCUCCCCUCGCCCGCUCACCAAUGGUGUCCAGCUGGCGAGGUGGUGGUCCAGCUGCUGCCUCUGUUGCAGCUGCCUCACCAGCGAAGCCCGGUCAAGGCUAUCCUGCUGGCAGGUCACACGUCUACAGCAUUGACUCGAGCCACUGUAGCAGUCUCAAGCUUCUCAAGUCGUCGCUUCCGCCGUCCGUAGCUGAACUGGCACCGUCGUAUAGCGCUGAAGACGUGGUGUUACACAGCACUGGAUGGGCAUGGUUGGUGACAAGACAGCACCAGCUAGUGCUGUGGCGAUACGACCAGCUGGUGACUAAACAGGGCUCUCGUCCUCUCCGGCCCAUCGGUCUCCCGUCGAGCACUGCCCCGUACGGUCCUGCUCAAGUCUGCAUUUUCUCCACCAGUUCACCGUCGUCUGGGGAUGAGUCGUGGGGAGUUGUGGCUGUGUCAUCAUCUGGUCAUGUGCGCUGUUGGACACAGUGGCCAAAGUCCUUUAGUAGCUCAGACAUCCAGAUUGAUCUUCCGGCUGGCCAUAGCUGUACUGCCAUUGUCGACUGUAUGCCGCAUGGCUGUGUGGUAGUAACUCAGAAAGGUGACCUGUUCUUGCUGAGCGUAUCACCAGACACAUCCGGUCUCACCUGGCGUUCGCUGUACAGUCGCAGUGGUACCCUGGCAGGCCUGCGUCGGCGCGUCAGUUCUCUCUUUUUCAGCUCAGCUGCUGAGGAGGACGACGGUCAGUAUACUCUCGCGGCGCUUGUUUCUGACGAGGAAGGCGCCUCUGGUGAUGAGUUGAACAUUGACAGGAGCAUGGUUGUCCUGAGCGAGACAUGCGUUGAGAAGUGGAACUUCACUUCGGCUGGCGAGAAGCAAAUCUCUUCCGUGGAUCUCAAUAGCCUGCCAGUGAAGGAGGCGAUUGCGGAGCAAAUAGUGGAAGCUCAGCCGGAUGUAAAUGUUAGUUUUGAUGGUCUUCACCUGCACGCCAAGGAUGCACUGAUUGACAAACAACUCGUGUAUGUAUUGGUCAGUGUGAGUGAUCACUCGACCGUGGCUUCGUCAGUCAAGGCCGAGGAGUUGUUUGUGCUCGGCUUCUCCAUGCAAGAGGGCAGCCAGGAGAAAGUUCUUCUUGCACGCCAAAUCACGCUCUCAAGCCUCGACGCACUGCGUUGUCUAUCAUCAUGGAGGCCACGGCUGGUGCGGCUGGCCACGGCGGGAGCGUUUGAUGUCACCCUCCUGUCAGCAUUCGCAGAUCGCCAUGUGGAUGUCAACAGCACAAACGGAAAGGCUGUUAAUGCCGUCCAGCCUCUCUUCGACCUAGAUUUGGCAGCAGUGGAUGGUGGUGAUUCUCGGCUGCUUGUUGUUCUUGUCGAUCGCAGUUGUCUGCCCAGUCCAGAGGCCACAGCCAGUGCUCGGACGGUUGCCGAAAGCUCCUCAUCGGCAUCGUCAGGCACUGUGGUGUCCGUACCGCCGAGCAGUGAGCUGUCUCGUAACGCCGUCGCCAGCAGCAGCUUUGCCACUGGCGGCGGCAGUGCUGGCGUUAGCGGUGGCGGCGGCGGUGGAGAUCGCUACAUGCAGCUGCGUAGCGCCUUCCUGACCUUCUGCCAGUCUGAGAGCCAGAAUCAAUGCAAGGCGGCAUGCCAGUGUCUGUUCCCGACCGUCACGGCAGAGCUGGAUCGUGCUCUGAUACAGCUCAGCUGUGAGCUCAUCAAUGAUCGUGGUGUUAACGAUCCAAGAUGGGCCGAGCGCACCGCGAUGACAGCAAAUCCGCUGUCCACGGCAUCAUUGCUCUCGGCUCAGCAGGACUUGAACAACACACAGAAUGUCCACGACAUGUUCUUGCAGUUUGUCAUUGCCAUGGAGUGGUGGGACAAGCUGGGCGUUGUUGCCAACGGUGACCAGCUGGUUGCCACGGAGCUAGUACUCGGCGAGCACAGUGAGAAAGUAGCAGCGGCCGCAGCUCUCGUGUCUCACCACUGCAAGCACCCGGGAGUCUUAGACCAGGCCGUGGAGCAUGCACUGUCUCAACGCGAGAGUGCCGGCUCGGCUACCACGUCACCACAUCACAAGUUUUACCACCAGGUGGAGCACAUCUCUGACAUCAUCGCCUCGCUGGUAGAGUGUCUACGUCAGCAGCUGGCUGCCUCCGUUUCGUCGGCGGGCGGCAGCAACUCUGCGGAGCAAGACACGGAGCUCUUCCUGACGACAAACACCAUCGUAGAGGCGUUCCUAUCCUCAGCCCACCAGCAGAGGGUGAAGACAUACGUAGUGUUUUCCCCCAGUGUGUUACAGCGUGGUAACCAGUCUGAAUACUUACCAUGGACAGCAUCGUCUGGUAAUGCAGGUGCCCGUGCCUCUCUUCUUCGACUGUUUACACUGGUUGUGGAGAGGGCUAUUCCGGCUGCAAGUCGCUCAGCUGUGCAACAGGAUCUCUUCGCCCAGCUGAGUCGACUGGCCGACAACAUCCUGGACGGAUUCCGCAUUCAGUUGCUCUCAGCUAAGUCAGUGAAUGUCAGCGCAGCACGUUUAGAGGAGCUGCAAGGUGAUAUGGAAAGUGCAAGGCGACAGAUAAUACAGCCAUUCCUGGACCAUGGCCAGCGUGAAACAGCUCGUCAGCUAGCAGAGCGCUACGGUGAUUUUGCAGCACUCAUCUCCCUGGAUGAGUCAUCGUCGGGCAGCGGUGGUGGAGGUGACGACCAUCUGAUGUCCUAUAUGUGCAAGUUUGCUGAGCAGGGAUUUGCUGAAUACGUGUUCAAGUACUAUCUAGAUCAAGGCAAACUCGCCAAGUUGCUCAGCCAACCCGCAGCUCUGCAUCAGAAACUAACGGCGUUCCUGGAGCCACACACGAAGCUGAAAUGGCUUCACUGCUUGGGACAAGGAGACUUCAAUACCGCUUACUCAACACUCCGUGAUUUGGCCGAUGACGAGACGGUAUACCUGUCCAAGAAGAAGACGCUGCUAUCUCUGUCCAAGCUAUCCUACCUGGCCAGUGACCAUGGCGAUGAUGGAGACGCCGAGACUAUCACUGUUGACCCGAACGAUCACAUUUUCAUGGGCAUGUGUAACAACCAAGAACUGAUUGCUCUGCAGGAGUCCAUGCCAGAACACAUCAGAGAGAAUCUGCAACUGGACUUCGGUACGAUGCGGCCGUUGCUGCCCAGCGAACUGAUCGAUGCAUUGAUCGGUGAUGGCAACGCGGAAGCCGAGCCUGAAGACUUCUUGCGUGCGUUGGAUGUUCUACGCUUGCUGAACCCGAGCGAUGAGGAGCGUCUGACGACAUGCUGUGUCAUCUGGGGCCAAGCAUUGCUCAAGGAGCAGGCAUUCUGGCAGAGUGUGGAUGAAUCUGAACAGCAGGACAGCGUGGCAAAGACCGUCUUCUGCCGUACUGUCCGCGCUAUGGUGGAGAGGGGUGAUAUAGCCGCGGCAGCGUUCCUACCCGAGCCGGCAUUGCUACUGGAGUCUGAGCUACUAGCUCCGUUACAACUGCACAGCCGACCAGCCGUGUGCUUCUGGCUACAGGCAGCGUAUGAUCAUGUCAUUAACGGCGACCAGGUACAGCAAUGAUCCUACGAUAGAGGGCGCCUGCACGCCUUGAGGAGCUGCUGGCUGAAUUUCUGCCUCUAGCUCUCUGCUGUGCGUGAGUUGUUGCGGCACUUUCCUACCGCCGUACGUGCAUCGCGUGUGGUGUUAACCACUGUGACUGAGACUUGAAAGGACCGUGUACGUGACAUUUCCGCUAUCCCAAUUGACCUGGCACCACCACCAUCAUCACCACCCUGAUGGCGCGUGCAUACAGAAGGUGGCCAUCGGCUGACAGUAGUGCGUCGUCGUGGUUGCCGUCGUCACGGUUCCUGCACACUAGUGUCAUGGCCGCCCUUCCACCAUGCCAUGAAGCCUACCCAAAAUGAUUUCAGCGCCGCCCUGAGUACCCAGCUUAGUUUCUACUGCUUAGUCAUUUUUCUGUUCAUUUUCUGCCAACGAAGACUUGAUGCUCUGCCAUUUGUAUGCAGAGUCACCGACUGCCCUUCCCAGUAUGAAUCUCGAGACGUUGUUAGAAGUGAGGCGUGUUUUUCGUCAUCAGAUGUGGAUUGGUUGUCGUGCAUGCUGUUCAAGCUGCAUUUUGUUCAAAUAAUAUUUUUUAACACACAGUAGCAUGCUCAACCUCCCCAUGUCCCCUUUUUUCUUACUAAUCACUGACCCUCUUUUCUUCCAUUCUGGCACACUCCUAGUUUAUUGCAUGGGGCAAGGAUUGUGUGCUGAUCAUGAAAAAUGUUCUCCUUCUUUUGUUCUGUUCAUUGGCGUGUGUGCAUUUUGAAUUUUUGACGAUCGUGUUCUUGAAUGCAUUACGAGAAGCAAUGGAAUGAAAAGACGUA